CAGAAGUGACGUGACCCGCGUUCUUUGCUUACUACAAAUAUACAAAAAUUUGAUUUGAAAUAAUAACAACAUAAGUGACUAUGCCGCGACCGUCGCGUGAGUCAUACGGUGAUCAAAAACCUCCUUAUUCUUAUAUCUCGUUGACGGCGAUGGCGAUUUGGAGCUCCCCGGAGCGCAUGCUGCCACUGUCGGAGAUCUACCGCUUUAUCACGGACCGUUUCCCGUACUACCGGCGCAACACGCAGCGCUGGCAGAACUCGCUGCGCCACAACCUCUCCUUCAACGAUUGCUUCGUGAAGGUGCCGCGGCGGCCCGACCGUCCGGGCAAGGGCGCCUACUGGACGCUGCAUCCGCAGGCCUUCGACAUGUUCGAGAACGGCUCGCUGCUACGCCGUCGCAAGCGCUUUAAGCUGCACAAGGGCGAAAAGGACAACCUUAACGCAGAGCUAGCGGCGCUCGCGAGCUUCAACAGAGCGUUCUUGGCACGGCAGGCGGGCGCGCCGCCGCCGCCCGUGAUGCCUACCGCGAGCCUAUACACGCCUGCCUCGUGUCCGCAGCCGAGCCCCGAGCCCGCGGAGCUACCAGAGGUUGGGGCGCUGACAUUGGUAACGCGAGAGCGGCCACGGCGGGCGUUCACCAUCGAAGCGCUGCUCGAGCCGGAGCCGCCGCGCGGACCGGCGCUAACGCUGCACGCGCUGCCCUCACUUCCCACCCUCGCCUCGCCAUACGCGCUGGCGGCGCAGCGGUACCACGCGCAGCUGCUGCAGGCGGCGGCGGCAGCGGCCCUGCGGCCUUGCUACCUGCCGCCGCCGCCGCUCCCGGUGGCGUGACCCGUUGCGCUCACCGCUCCCAACUCUUGUGCAAUGCUAGAUUGUAAGUACCGAACACUUUAAACUCUAUACUCAUCCCCGACAACUCUGUACAUGCCGUGUGGAUGAUUAUUAGAAUAAAAGUACUGAAUAUAAAUAGUUAGUUGAUUAAGUUGAUCGAUGUUGAAAGCGGUGGUAAUAUUAGUGCGCGAGUCGGCCCCGAAACGGCGAGGCCUAAAUAGAGUUAAUUUCAAAGUAAAUGGGCCGUCGCACCGCGCUGCCGACGCAGUGCUGUUUGAUGCCUACAGAAUAUUCCUCAAUAGAAUAAAAUAGUGAUCUCACGUAGAUUCGUAGCUGAUGAUCGACUUGGACAUUAUUUAUUUAUAUUUUAAAACAUGAAAGGUUUUAUUUCUUCAUAAUGUUCCUGUAAUAAGAUUAGUGUUUUGGUAUUAUUUUAGUGAUAAAAAUGACAGUAUGAAUAUUUUUAUUAAAAUCGUUUAAACUUUA